AUGCAUCUGUACCGCGAGCUCACUUCGCCCACGGUAGUGACGCAUUCGGUGACUUGUAAUUUAUCUAGUGAGGAAGAGUCCUUAGUAGUUGUACGUGGAAACUCGCUUCUGCAGGUUUACAAUCUCAAGCCCGUGGAAAAAGUUGGUGCGCAUGGCGGAGACAACUUGUCUGAGCUGACGCUCGAGACAGUUCGCAUUGCAUCGAAGCUUGUGUUUGUCGCCGAGUUCCCCAUGGACGGAUAUGUGGUUUCGCUCCAGAAAUUCCGCCGAUCAGAUUACCCGAACGACCUCAUUGUGGUGGUGUUCAAGUACGCAAAAAUGGUGGUUUUGGCGUGGGAUUCCAAAACUAUGGCGUUCGAGCCGGUCUCAAUGCAUUAUUACGAGGGAGAUUUGCCAAAGGAGCACUUUUUUAACCCAGAAUUCCAAUGCAAACUCUCUGUGGAUUCAAGCUACCACUCGAUGUCGCUGCUUUACCAACACGACCGCCUAGCUAUGCUGGCCUUUCCCGUGCUGAGUGACGUUGAUGUCUUGGAAAUCCCCUUUUUACCCAGUGUGCUCUUGAAUGCGGUUGACCUGGAUGUGUUCUGUACCAAUAUUGUUGAUAUGGCGUACCGCCAUGGCUACGCAGAGCCCACUCUGAGCGUGCUGUUCACACCAAAACGUACGUGGACUGGUACUUUAGGUCUGGAAAAGGAUAAUGUGACCUACAUUGUGGUAUCAGUAGAUAUGCAGCGUCGUCGCUCUACCCUGCUCUCCAAAAUCUCAAACCUCCCCUACGACAUCUGCCAGAUCGUGCCGUUAGAGGAGUCUAUCGGAGGCACCCUACUGCUUGGCGCAAACUCUAUUGUCUUGGUCGACUCCUUGCAAAAGACCGGUGUCAACGAAUAUUCCAGCUUCGAAAGUGAGCUGUCCAUUGAUUUGAAUCAGGCGCAGAUUUGCCAGCUCCCAAACACGUCUCACGUUCUCAUUGCAACUCAAGCAGGUGUCCUAUACGACCUCGAGUUUAGCGUUUAUGGGAAAAAAAAAUUCAAAAUUACGGAGUUGACUGAUAUCGACAAGUGUUUCCAACCCACCACUAUGAGCUGUAUAGGCUCAAACUUAUUUAUUGGUUGUCAAGGGUCCAAUGCCAAGCUCUUUUCAUGGUCAUACGCCCAAAUUAAUGGCACUUCCGUGGUAGUAAACGACCCGGUCGACGAAAUUGAUGAAAUAUAUCAUGCAUUGGAAACAAACAACGUUAAAGAGGGCAAAAUACUCUUUUGUUUAGACGACGAGCUGGCAUCCACAGGGCCCAUGGGUGCGCUCACGUCAUUAGGUGACACUCUUACUGUUGCUACAGGAUACGGUACGUCUGGUGGGUUCACUAAUCUCUUCAAAACUGUCUGGCCCAUUCAUCGCGAUAGGUUGUCUUUAGGGCGCCCCCAUAAUAUAUGGGGCCUGGGAUCUUACCUUCUUGCCAGCUUUGCUACAGAGUCUAGGCUUUUCCGUGGUCCAGAUUUCGACCCAGUAACGGUUGGAGACUUUGAUCUCCGAAACCCUACUCUAGAGGCACAGCUUGUCAAGGAUAACCGAAUUGUGCAUGUUCAUACCCGAGGUAUAGCAACAUAUGAUGCUCAAUUCACAAAAUUGGCUCACAUCGAGUUCGACAGCGAGGCAGUCAUUGCAAUUGCAUCUUCAGACGUUAUCGUUGUUCAGUUUGAAGGUUUGAUCAGGGCCUACAAUCAUUCCCUUACCGAGGUGUCUGCCUCACAAGGCCAGGAUGCCAUUGGCGCCUUUGGUACACAAAUGAUGUCAAGUCAAGCAGGGCAUGUGAUGAUUGGCAGUAGCGACUACUAUUUUGGCUCGUUUGCUAGAUUCGUAUCCAUCUGCAAUGAGCCGGUGUUGAGUGAUGAACCGGUUACUCAAGUAGUAGCGGCUAAGCUUGGAGACAAUAUCUUAGCAAACAACGUUUUGGCAAUCAUUAUCGGGGAUGUGCUUUCAAUUUACCAACCAUCAGGUGACUCUUUUGUCAAAGUGUUUGCAACAACGGUGGGAGGAGAUGCAGUGGUUGUUCCUCUGAACAUCAGCAACUACCAAGUACUAUUUGUAACAGGCAGGCACCCUCAUAUUCUGAUGAAGAGCACAGCCUCCCCAAUAAGAUGCCACCCUUUUGGCCAUCGCAGGGUUGUGUCGAUCACUACCCUGGAUACGGACAUUGUUUACACAGACUCCAAAUAUCGAGUUAAUGUGGUCAGUUUGGAUGAAGCUUUAGACUACACGACCUCGGAAUGGCCUCAUCAAAAGUUUACAUUGGGAGAGCCCAUAUCUGCCCUUGCAUUUGACCGCAACACUAACUUGCUUUUAGCAGGAUGCAACACACCGGUGUCUCGGGAAGCUCUACUUGACAACGGGCAACCCAUGGAAGGCACCAAGCCAGAUGCCUCAUUCAAAGGGAAUACCUUUCAAGGUCGGCUUAAAUUGGUUUCACCAGAUACUGGUUAUGUUUAUACUGAUUUCGAGUUUUCUGAUAAUGAGGCGGUCGUGUCUAUUGAGGUGGUCACUUUACAAAUGGGCGAGUUGGCAGAUCUUCGUGAAGAUUUUGUGGUAGUUGGAACAGCCCUUCUUCUCAAUGAGGAUGAGGCUUCCAAUGGUUAUUUCCACAUGUUCGCAAUCAAGGAGGUCCACUCUGAUAUGAAAGGGUACCGCCUUGAAAAGGUAUCAGAGGAGCUCGUGCGCGGUGCUGUAACAGGCAUAUGCGAAAUCGAGGGAGGUGGGGUUGUGGCCGGACAAGGUCAAAAGAUAAUGAUGAGACGCUAUCGUGAUGUUUAUUCCAUCGAGCCCGUAGCUUUUUACGAUGCGGCAAUUCACAUUGAGGAUCUGAAAUCAUUGAGAAACCUUAUCGCAGUCGGGGAUGCCAUUCAAGGAGUGUCUCUUUUAAGCGCAGGGGUCGAGCCCUACCGCAUGGAUCUUUUGGCCAGGGAUCAUGAUUUUGAUACUAAAGUGGGUUGUUUGGAAUUCAUCUCCAGUGAAGAUCGGAAUGAUUUGCAUAUUGCGAUCGUCGACAUCAAUGGGCGCCUGCGCAUAGAUCAGUUUGACCCUGACACUCCCUCGAGUAUGGGAGGAUCACAUUUGGUGACGCAAUCUGAGAUUUUUAUCGGCAGGCGGGUGAAUGCCAUGACUUUGGUUUAUGGCGAGGGCAAGAGUUUGGUGCCCAUUGGAGGAUCUACGGACGGUGUGCUUGUUACUGUGGAACCACUGAAUGAAAUGGACUUCAAAGCCUUGUACGUGGUCACAGAGCAAAUGGCAGACAAGGAGCAAAGCAUUGCUUGUUUGAACCCUCGUGAUUACCGUACAUUAGGCUGUAAACCCAGCCCACAAGCUGUUAUCGACUUCCGGGCUGCACAAAAUUUCUUGAUGUUGACACGAGAUCGUCAGCUGCAUUAUUCGAGGAAACUUGGUCAACAUGGCUUGAUCCAAGUUUUUGACGCAAUUACUCGUCAAAGCUUUGACUUUUAA